AUGGACCUCGGGGAGUUACCGGAGGCGCAAGAGACCCUGUUUCGGCUCUUGCAACGACAAGCUCACCUCAGCCUGGUACUUUCGGACCUGGGCCGUUUAGCAGGCACCUCAAGGGACUUGGUUUUGGAUCCAUGGCUGCUGGAGCACUGUCGGAAAAGUCCGGAUCCGGCAGCCUGUGGCGAGACCUUUGCCGAGGCUGCUGGGGCCCAAAAUGGCCGCAUGGUUUCGGUGGCACGUGCCUUGUACCAAAAUCUGCAACCUGUCGCAACGGCGACCCGCUGCUCGAAACUUCGAGGAACUGCCCGAAUCGCAGCUGUGGGCUCUCACAGCGGCUUAGCUCUGGGAGUGUCCGAUGCGUUGCUGGCAGCUCUGCAGGAAGGCCAGGAGACCGAGGUCAAGUUGUCCUACUUUGGGCACUGGGCCUGGUGCCAGAACGUGGGCAACUGCGAGGAGCCACUGGCAAUGAUGUUUCGCGAGUACCAGCAGGACUGGGCUGAGACAGAGGACAGCCUGAACGAGGUCAACUACCAGCGGCUUUUGGGGAGACUGCGCAGUUUCCUACAGAGCCCAAGUGGCGAUGGCCGGGAGUUGAUGCGAGCAGAUCUCAUUCUUUGCACCCGGCCUUUUCUUUUCUGCUCGCUUCUACGCUCUCUUUGGCCCGAGUCGUACCCACAGCUGCCUAUGCUGCACUACUACAGUGGGCCGCUUCUCUUCGACACCACGCCAUCCCAGAUGCAUGUGGUGCUACAGGCCUUUCGGCAGACAGUUCUGUCUUCGAGCCUCGAUCUUGUCGUAUCUUCGUCUGCUCUGCAGAGUGCCUGGAUGUUGGCCAUGGCCGGCGUGGCUGUGCCGCAUGUACGUCCUCAUGCUGUAAGCCUCCGCGGACGAUACCGACCUCCAGAGACCAAGGCAAAGCACUUGGCCAUGCGCGCGUUGGUCAUGCGCAGCACGUGGGUUGGUACUCUGAUGGCUCAAGCCUUUGAGGCUGUGCUGCGUGAGAUGAUUCGGGAGAGCUCGCUGGAAGAGUCUCUGCGCUUGGAGUGGCUCUCUUCCGGCAAGUUUCUCUCCUACGAGGAAAUUGCGUCCUUCCACGCCGCGGUGUUCUUCCCUGAGCAGCCAGACAAGCUCACGUUUUGGGAGCAGUAUGAGAUGGCGAUGCCGCUUUGGUUGCCCACUGCAGAUCUCUGGAGCAAGAUCCACGCCAUCGGCGAAUACCGCUACUCAGUCUUCGCUGCUCGCUGGAAUGCUGGCCUAUCCGAAGGUGAUGCUGCAGCCAAUGGGUGCGGCUUGCCACAGUCAUUGUUCUUCAACUCCACGGACCCCAUGGACCUACACAGCGAUUCCCCUCUGGCUCCGGCGUUUUGGUUUCAACUCACCGACUACGCCCUGUUCCCCCACCUGCAGUUCUUUGCCUCUGCGUCCGAGCUGGCGUCGGGCUUGUUGGGGGCGGAUUUGACUGCCCUUCACGAAGCCAUGGCGACGUUCAACAUGGAAUCCUGGCGCCGCUCCUCGAGCUUCUACCGUGCAGCGAUCUGCGUGUUGAUGGAGGGCUCCGAGACUGCUCUGACACCACAGUUCCUUCCACAGCCAGCAGAAGACUGGGCCAAAGGGGCCAUCAACGAUCCCCCCGAGUGCGCGCACGUCACGGACUUCUGGACCAGCCACCACGAGUGCGUCGCGCCCGUGGUCAAGGUCAAAGCAAACCACUUCGCCCAGGACUGUUGGGAUCGUUGCAAGAUCGGGGGCGAUUGCGCCUGGUGCGGUUUCGGCCAAGCCUGCUGUCGAAAGGACAGCACGCUGGAUCCGCCGGAAUGCAGAGGCGUGGUCGACUGGCCCACAGAUCGUCAUCACACCUGCAUCAAGCCUGUACAUGACGUUCCGGUCAAGCACGAAGGGCAGGAUUGCUUUGACUACUGCGAAGGCAACGGUCCAUGCAAUUGGUGUGGUCGGGGGAUGGCUUGCUGCAAAUACGGCGACAUCUACACCACCCACGAGUGCCGAGCUGUGGUCUACUACUCCUCAAGGGAGCACCACGUCUGCGUGAAGCCGAGCUUCAAAGACCCAGCCUCCCUUCCGAAGCCAAUUGGGAAGAGUCCGGACGAGCUGCCAUCAGAGUGUCCGGAAGGCCACUCGCCCGGGCCGAUGGGCUGCGAGCUCGAUGAUGGCCCGCGUCUGCAGACUUUCUAUGUCUACAGGGCCUUGAAGGAGGAAGACAACCUCACCUCCAACUUCGAUGCCAUGAGCAUGAGCGGCAUUCUCUACCAUGUUCAAACUGCGGUUCUCGGCUGCCCUCGCACCGGCGAGAUCACUAGGAUCAAGCGCCUCAAGGUGACGAUGAAGAACACUCCUGAAGCUUACAGGACGUUCAAGACGCAGUUCGCGCCGCUGCUGUCUUACAGGAAUCAGCAGUGCAUCUCUCCGAGCUGCGAGCAGAGCUUCCAGUCGAGAGGCUAUGCCGUUGGCUGCCUCGUACAAGAGAGAGGACAGCCAUGCUACCUGAAGGAGGACUGCUCGAGCGACUCAUUGCACUACUCCUUUCCGGGGCCCUGCCCGCUCAGCGCUGCCGGGGCCAAGACGGAAGAGUGUCUUGCGGAGUACCCUGGCGGGCUGUGCGAUGAGCCGACCGGCACAGACAACUGCACCUUCCAUGUCGAGGAUGCAGGGACCGUCACGCUGGAUGAGCUGAGCGGGCGAAAUGCAUCGGAAAGCCUCCAAGACUGGUGCGCCGCCGGUAACUUGGAGUGGGAUCCGGCCACCGACCAGGGAGUGGGCAUGAACUUCUGGAACGGCCUGCACAACGAUCCUUUGCGCAAGGACCGCCUCGACCACGUCAGCGUGCAGUGCUACAACGCAUCUCUGACUCUCGCUGCAAUCUACGAACAUGCUGACUUGGCGGUGGUUUGCGAGAACGAACGUUACCUGGACUUGUGCCGUCUCUCGCAUGGACAGGCGCAUCCUUCUCUCAGCUCGCUGAAUGUGGCGAUAGCCGAGAGUUUAGUCCGGGUCUGCAUGCCUUGCAAGUCUGUGAGGGCUCAACACGGGCCCGGCUGUCCGCUGCUGCAGCUUGCAGGGCAGCUCUGUGCACAUCCGCUGUACAGAUUAACGACUGUGCGCAGCCUACCACAGACUCGGCGAGGAGCAGAGGCCUUUACUUCGGACUCCUGGUUAGCACUCCAAAGGCGAUUGCUACAGUUGUCGGAAACCGGCACCCUUGUGGAUAGGCCGUCCCAAGCUACACAGAGCCCCAAGGAGGGUUUGGCGCGCUGCCGUACCCUUUCAGCCUCUGUUUUCUUCUGGGGCCACGGAGCCACCGAAGCGUCCCUGGAUCCUUUGCGCAAGUUGCCAAUCUGGCAGCAGUCGCUGGACCCUUUGCAGGUGCAUGCGGACCCUCAUCAGGCCAGCAAGCUUGAUUUUUCCGCAUGUUUGCUGCCUCCAGCAACUGGUACCUGGACCACGUUGGUCGCGAAACCUGGUUCCACACGGAUCGAAGAGUGCGGAACCCCUGGGGCGUGCAAUGCAUAG